CUUUUCAGGAAGUACUGCUAGAAAGGAAAUGUUCUUUUGCUUUGUAAAUAAAACAAAAGUUCCUCGUUUUUUAACCUUAUAUUCAGGUGUGGUGUGACAGCCCUUACAGAUCCUCUAUCCCAGGCAAAGCGACCUAAACGUGCUACGCUCGGCACAAGAUUACGUAACUAUCAGAGAUGGCCACAGUUACACUGGUGGAUCUCACACAUCUCAGCUGUCCGGAAUACGACUUUUGUUUGGAAAAGCGCAUCAGCACGUUUUGUGCAAGGACUAGCAAUGGGUCACAGGAACGUGUCUUCAUCAUAAUAGACCAACAUGCAGAGAAAGCCGUUGGGACGGACUGCUUUCCCAGAACCGCUAUUCUGGAGAUGUUUGUCGGUUUAAGCGGCAAUUCCCCACAGGUUCUGUGCAAAAGCUCACUUUCAGCCUCGUUGUACUCAUUCAAACAGGCUAUAGACAAAGAGGACAUCAGUGAUAUAAAGAUCUUUACUUCGAGCCACGGAAGAGAUCUGUUUCGGCUUUACCAGGAGCUCCUCUUUACUUCGGCGUUUAAUUUUGAGUACAUUAUAAUGUUUGACGAUCUGUCCUGUCCGCUGGAUGACCUCACUGUCAGCAGCACUGACGUUCAACAUGAGGUUACCACGUUUUUACAGCACCUGCCAGCGGUCAAAGGAGAUAUUACAAUUCUUAGGUCCUCUAUAAUUUCAGACUGUUUUGCUCAUGGCUUCACCACUCGUACCGGAGGUAUAUCUUACAUCAGUACUCUGAGCUCCCUCAACCUCUUUUGCAACCCUCGACGCAAAGAUUCACGUGCUGCGGUGGCCGAGAACCUCCGGCGCCUCGGCCUGCAGGCUGGAUUUAGACCUCAUCAGUUCAACCUCAUAAAGUGUAAUCAUGCCAGUGAUGUGUGGGUGAUGGGCAAACCUGCACCCGACAGUUAUGAUGGAUUGGUGACUAAUCAAGUAGGUGUUGUCAUAGCAGCACCAGGGGCCGACUGCAUGCCGCUGCUCUUCACUGACCCUGUGGCAAAGGUCAUUGGAGUAGCACAUGCAGGCUGGAGGGGUACUCUCAUGGGAAUUGCCAUGGCAACAGUGAAAGCCAUGGUUUCAGAGUUUGGUAGUAGGACUGCAGACAUAGUAUGUGUGAUCGGGCCUUCUGUCGGGCCAUGCUGUUUUACUCUGGAGCAAGAUUCAGCCAGGGAGUUCCAUGCCAUACAUCCUGACUGUGUUAGACACAAGGACUCACCUUCACCGUAUGUUGAUAUCAGACUCACAACCAGAAUUCUGCUGGAGAGAGGUGGCAUUAAACCAGAACACAUCCAGGACAUCAGACUGCCAAACAAAACUGAUUCCAUGCUGUGCACCUCCUGCCAACCUGAGCUAUUCUUCUCUCAUGUAAGGGAUGGAAUCAACUUUGGGACACAGAUUGGUUUUGUGUGGAUCAAAGAAUCCCAUGAUAUGAACAAAUCAGACCACUAAUCACUGCAUUCACCAAGUUCUGAUUGAAAACAGACCUUUAUCAAACUCAGAUAUGAUACUACUGUAAACACUUUAUUAUUUGCAUUGAAACAGGGUUCCCAUGGUAAUGGAAAUCAAAACCUGGAAAUAUUAUGGAAUUUUAAAAUAGUGAUUUCCAGGCUUGGAAAAGUCUAAGGGAAAUUUCUGUGGCAAAUUGUUCAUUAGUUUUUAAUUGGCCAGAUAUUGCUUAUUGGAGACAUUAGUACACUAAAAAUGUUCUCUCUUCUAUAUUGAAUCUAAUCCAGGGGUUUUCAAACUUUUUGAUGCCAAGGACCCCGGAAAUUGAGGAUCCCCUUGCGAGAGACCCCCCCCCCCCCCCAAAAAAAAAUUACAAAGGCAAAGUAGAAAAAUUUCCUGUGUAAAGACCCAUUUAUACUGUGUGAGAAAAAUAGUGUGACAUUACAAAGACACAGUAUGUUGUUUGCAGAAUUAAAUCAUUGAAUAAUCUGAAUUUUAUAUCAUUGUACUAAAGAAACAAAAAAGUUACAAAUAUUAUCUGAAAA